ACCGAAACUACCACAAAAUGGCGGGAGCCCAUUAAGCAUUUUCGGCUCUUCCCCAUAAAACCCCAUCUCUCUUUCUAUGCUUAAGCUUUCCUUAUUCCUUACAAUACUCGAUAAACCCAGAAUUCCUCUUCUGUUUUCCCGCUUCCCCAAUCCUGAAUCCCUCGAAAGCCCCCAUCUUUUCUCUCACUUUCCUUUUCACUGUUGGAAAAAGCGAAAUAUGUCCACCAAAAUCGUAGCUGAGUAUGCCAAGUCCGGAAGGUCCUCUUGCAAGAAAUGUGGCAGCGCCAUAACUGCUCAGUCCCUGAGGUUGGGCCUUGUUUCUAGAGAUGCUAGAGGCUUUGACAUGACCAAAUGGCAUCACUUGGAUUGCUUUGCUGGAAACAUUGAUUCCGUUGAUGGAAUAAAAGGCUUUGACUCUCUCAAGGGUGUUGACCAGGAAGCUUUAAAGAAAUUGGCUGAUGGGUCUACUAAGUCGACCCAGCAGUUGCAGGGAAAAGAUGAAAGGGAAAGAAAACAACAAGAAGAAGAAAUUGAAUCAGAGAAAAGCAUUUCAAAGAAAAUUAAGUUGUCAACACCGAAUGAGAAAUCUCAGUUUGACAUAGCCUUUUCUGUCUCCGAUGUCAAGGAUAAGUAUAAGGAUGCUGCUUUAGAACCAAAAUGGAAGGCUUUCCAGACAGUUAUAUUUCUUGAGCGGGAUGAUGGUCUCCAUGAUUCUGGUAAAAUUGCUGCUUUUGAUUUUGAUGGUUGUCUGGCUAACACGUCUGUUAAAAGAGUUGGUGCAGAUGCUUGGUCCCUUAUGUAUCCUUCAAUACCAGAGAAGCUGCAGAGUCUUUAUGAAGAGGGCUUUAAGCUGGUAAUCUUUACAAACGAAUCCAAUAUUGACCGCUGGAAGAACAAAAGGCAGGUAGCUGUGGACUCAAAAAUUGGACGUCUUAACAAUUUCAUCAAGCAAGUAAAGGUUCCAAUGCAGGUUUUUAUAGCUUGCGGAAUAGGCAGUUCUGGUGGUAAAGCAGAUGAUCCUUUCCGCAAACCAAAUACUGGGAUGUGGCACAUCAUGGAGAAAAAUUUCAAUUCUGGCAUUCCAAUUGAUAUGGAUCAAUCCUUUUAUGUUGGCGAUGCUGCUGGGAGACCCAAUGAUCACAGUGAUGCUGAUAUAAAAUUUGCACAGGCGAUUGGAUUGAAAUUUUACCUACCUGAGGACUAUUUCAGCACUUAGUCAAUUUUGGUUAGUAGCUGCUGAUUCACAACGUAGCUUAUGCUUAUCAGUGGCUGGCAUGUAGUACUUUAGUAGUUUUAAGCUAUCCGUAAUAUCUUUUUAACAGCAAAACCUGGACUCAAACUGUGAU